AUGGUUGAAUCACCAUUCACGAGUCAAAAGCCAACGCUAACAGCAACAACAGCCGAAACAAGAAAAGAAUCAUUCAUUGUAUCAUUUAAUAAGAAAGGUGAUGAUGGUAAAAUUUUACAUCCUGAUUUGGAUUCAGUAAUGGAAGCAUUAAAAUCGAGUGGUGAUUACAAUAAUAAACUGUUUCCUGGUGUAAUUGGUGCUAAACAAACUGCUGAUCUCGUUCAGUUAAUGAAUGUUAAAUUACCAAGAAAUACGGAUCGAACAAAACUUAAAAUUCUUACAUGUGAUGAAGAAAUUCAGCUGGUCUGUGGAAUGUUUAUACAAAAGUGUUUACGAUACGGUCGUUUGACCGGUGCAGCAGACAUUCACAGCAUUCUUGCUAAUGAAGACUAUGAUAUCAGUCUUGAUCGUGUUAAAGAAAUUUUAAAAGUAUUGAAGCCAGCUAUUAAUAUUAAAGAAAACAAAGAUUUUGUUGAAAACAUUGAACGUGGACGAGUUGCAGUUUAUAAUGCUGAUACCAAAACUAUUUCACCACUUGGUUUAGAUACAGAUGAUGAAGAUGAAUAUAAUUUAAAUGAACAGCAAAAAGAAGUAGAAGAGAACGCCCAAGAUAGUGAUAAUGGCAGCGAUGAAGAUGACCCACAAAAUCCUGCUACGGUCAAUCAUACCAAACCACCACAACCACAUUCUCCAGUUUCUGGUUCAAAGUCAUCAAUGCAGCCAAAUGAACAGCAUUGUCCUCCACAGCAUGUUACUGCUCUAGUUCAUGUUAAUCCAUCAGAUUCAAGUGUUUUUACGUCAUUGGAUAAUGAUGACGAUUUUUCCGGAACAGCAAAUGGCUUCUUCAACAACUUCGAUUAUCAAAAAUAUCGGCAAUAUCGAGAUAAUUAUUUAGGUGCGAUACAGAUACGACCACAGCAUUUUGAUCAACAAGCAGGUGGCAGAAGCAACAACUACACAGUUAUGAAUACUGUUAAUUAUUCAAAUGUGCCACAUCAAACAACAAAUCUUUUCGGCUGUUUAAGCGGAAAUAAUCAGUCACAUACAAGUACAACAGUUUUUCCAUAUCAUCAUCACUAUCAAUCCACAACAAAUCCAUUGAAUUAUCAUGCAAAUAAUCAUCUUAAACACAUACAACAGCAAGUAUCAGCAUUUACACCA